UCGUUGCGCUGCGGUUCAUUUAUCUGUAACGUUGUUGUGCGUGGGUCAGUGGCUUUGGUACAUGGAGGAAGAAGGGAAAAGCUACCGUUGACCCCCAGGGGAGUGAGCGGAGUGCGCAAAAAAAACAUCCUGGAGGUAUUCGGCAUGGCUCUGGAGAGCCUCCUGAAAGUGGGGCUUGUGUUGUUGGUGGCAGCUCAGGUCCUUCCGGCAGUGUCCUGCUGCAACGGGGGUUUCUACGAGAGGAUGAUCAGCGAUUUCUGCUCCGCCAAGUUCAAAUUCGACAUGGGAGGGCUGGACCGAGGCCUGUGGUGCAGCUGGCCGGACACCAUGGAGAUCUACGAGGGGCUAACAAACUGCACAUACCAGGUGGCCUUGAGGGUGGACUGCUUCUGGCCGAAUCAGAUAGUCGACCGCUUCUUCAUGCAGAUUCACCGGAUCUACUUCCACGACUGCGCCCUGACCGGCCGGCUCCUCCACGACCCGCCGACCAGCAUCCUCGCCCCCUUCAUCGGCGUGCCGGUGCUGGUCACCCUGCUCAUGACUGCCCUCGUGGUGUGGAGGAGUAAACGCACGGAGGGGGUUUUAUAGGGACUCGGCCCCUGAAGGCUUGUGAAUACAUGUGGACUCCUGAGGGGCAAUGAUGGAGCAUGUGGUAAAAGAUGUCUUUACUCAUGUUAGUAUGAAUAUCUAAUGAAAAACAGCAGACUUUAACACCAUAUUAUGUUAUAAAUGCUGUUUGGUUAGAUAUAGAGAGUGUUCGAGUUUGGGAAAAGUAAUAAAGGUGUUUGGGAUUCAGGGGAAUUGGAGGCCACGCAUGUUAAUUACCAUCUGUUGUCUUGGCCCUAAACAAUCUGUGAGCAUGUUAAUAACUGAAGAGAGGAUGACACUCAGGGAGACACCAACGACUUGAAUGAUUGUUAUACAUUUGAUUAGAGAAGAAAGGAACAGAAAAUGGAGGAAAUUUGACUAAAGCAGAAAAAGGACAAGGAGGUUUUGCACAAAGACAUCAAACAUGAUGACUUAUUCAUAUUCAACGCAUCUACAGUGCAAGCAUUCGCUGUCUCCUUUUGAUGCAAGUGGAUUUCUCUCACCCCGGUGAUGAAAUAGGGAGUUCCUUUAAGAAAAGUGUAAUUUUAGGGCCGUAAAACCUGUCCAUCACGUCUGUAACAGGGCUCCAUCUAGUGUUCACUCUGGAAGGCUCUGACUGUUAAGAUCCGUAGGCCUGGAGUUCAUUUAAAUGUAUGUUGAUAACAUAGUUGUGUCGAAAUAUCUUUAUAUAAAAAUAAACUAAACAUGACUCCCGACAAGAAGAAACAGGUCAACUGCAGCACACUGUGUGUAGUAAUUAAAUACUAUGCCGUGAUAAUUAAAUACAAUGUCAUACUUUCUUAUCCAUGUAAAAGUUAUGGCUCAGCACUUCCCGCUCAUAUAUUCUGCUUGCUGGGCUCUUCUGUCCUGUCGGUGGGGAAUUAAUGGUGGCUGUACUAUCAACGCAGUUAAAGCCUUCAACAGUUAAGCUUAGUCGAGCAAUGUUUGGCUUCUCUGAUUAAUGCUCAAGACUGUGACAGGAUUCAAAGAAGAAUUAAAGCCGGUUCUGAGCGUGAACAAUGAAUUUAGGUGGAGAUUAAGAGAUCAAGCUUCAGUGGCAGGCAGGUAGAGGUGAAAGCUCAGAGCCAGAAGUUAAAGAUGAGACUUAUUGAUGAGAUGGAGGUUAGUAUCUCACUUGUUCCUUGUGUCAUUAGAAAGACAUUCAGCCUCAGCUGGAUCCUUUUGUAGCAGGUUCUGGUAGCUGGAAAAGGUCUCCACCAUGUCGAAGUAUCCGCUCAGUGGCAAGAUCCUCUUUACCCUCAGACACUCAUUCCUGGACACAACGGAGGGAAAGAUUGGGGGAAACUAGGCUGAAUAGUGGUUCAGAAACACUCUCCUCUCCCUUGACUAUAAACUGAGAUGCCCCCGAGCAAGACAUUUGACCGCCAACUGCUCAAGUUUAAGCUG